CGGGGCAGCUUGUCGCGGACGACGCACUUUGAGAGCUCUGGAGCUGUGUGGAUGGGAGGCCGGGGAGAGACGCCGCCGGAUCCCAACAAAGCAAAGCUCGGCAAGACUCUGCGAAUCCUCCAAGAACGCCUUCCAACGCUGCUCCAAUCUCCCCUCCCGCAAGACAUCCUCGCCCCCAACAUCUCGCUCCAGCUAUUCCCCUCCACGCAUCCUCACCUUCCCGUCGUCUCCGGCCGAGUCGCCUACGCCGCCGCCCUCUGGACCUCGCCCAUUGCCUGGAACCGCGUGCCCAUCAUCGGCAACGUGAAGCUCGAGAUCCUGGCCGAGCGCAUGACGUCAGAGCCGCUGACUUUCCUGCCCAGACGGGCCGGCGCCACGUCAGAACAGCUCGUUGUGCGCUGGUGCGAGAAGCGCAAGACCAAGGAGAGCAAAUCUGGUGGUGGUGGGAGCUCGUUGCCGUGGCUGAGGCUGGCGAGGGGCGUGGAUCCGAACAAGGCCUUUACGGGGCUGUUCAUCUUCGACUUUGAUGCCGAGGGAAGGAUCUUGACGCAUACCAUUGAGCAGGCGCAGGAGGGCGGCGACUGGGAGAAGGGCGUGGGCGCCAAGUUUGUGGGCCUGACGGAUUGGCUGCUUGGUGGCAUGACGAGGGAUCCUGGCUCUCCGAUACCAAUGUUUGAGAGG